AUGCCCCGCAGAGCGCAGACCCGUCUGCAGUUCACUCCUCUCCCAUCAUCCUCUCCUUCGAAAGGGGACUACUCCCCAGGUGUACAGGAUCGAUUAGCAAACGUGCGCUUCAACAGAGCCGACAGACGAAGCUUACGGAAGCAUACAUCGACCUCAAUACCGACACCGGAACCAUCGUCGCAGCCUCAAGCAGAAGGUGUCAAAGGGGCCAGCGCCACAAUAAGUCAGAAUGAAGAUGAAGAUGAUAUUGAAUCUCCAACUGCAAAACGUCGCAGAACCUCUUCAAAAAUGCCUCGUCAGACCACGUUGACUCCACGGAGGUCAGCUAGGCUUCACUAUCAGUCUCCUGUGCAUAUUAGAUCAGUCUCUACUGUCUCCUCGGCAUCAAGUCAACGUCUUCAUUCAGUCGAGAUCCCAAGUCCAACUCCUUCCCGCCGUACCCGGUCUGGAAACGCACAGAAAGUUCCAUUACCGUCCAGGCCAUCUCCACGAAAUGGUACAGCCCUGUCUGAAUUUGGCUCGCCAGAAACAAGUGGGGAUGAUGACGAUAUGAUAGCUACCAAGCCUGCUACACAGCGACGCCGCGCAAGACGAUCACCAGCUGCUAAGGAUGAUUUUGUGGUUCCGGACAACACUGAUAUUGCACCUUCCACUGAUGGAGACGGUGUUCCGACAACACCUUUAGGGCAACGAACGCCGAAUCGAAUCAACCAAACUCCCAGAAGUCGUCGACUGAAAAGCAGGCGCGAACAUCAAGAACUUGAAGAAGAUUUACAGGAUCUUCAGGAUUCAAAUUCUUCCUGGAUGCAAAGCUCCCGAACUCGCGGCGCUCCUGUAAACAAAGAACGUGAGCGGCGGAGAGAGUACAUAGAAAUCUUGAAACGACGGCGCGCAGGAGCAAAAGAGCCAAUACAGCUUGACAGUGAGGACGAAGAGGAAGCAGGAGACAAUGGGUACAUUGCAAACUCUAUCCCGAAAGUGUCUGCAGCGGUUUUCGGGCACGAUCAGGAGUCCUCAUCGGAGGAAGAUGACAUCCCUCAAAAUCCUGAUCUGGAUAGCUACGAGGAUGAUUUUAUAGCUUCCGAAGAGGAAGAAGCUCCAAUCGAUCGCCUUGGCCGCCCUCACCCUGACAUACCACUCGAGUUCACAUCUUACGCAAGUGCCAAACCACGAGAAUUGUUCAUCCAUGUUAUCGAAUGGCUGGUCAAGAAUAAGAUAGCACCUGCUUUCUCACGCCAUGAUGCACUCUGGAAGCUGGCAUUCACGAAGAUCAAAGAUGAAAUAACCGCCCAGGCAGGCUCUCGACUCAAGUCAAGUGCCUGGACGGAGCUCUUCAUGAACGCACUUAACGCGCGUCCAGGCCUGACAACCACGGAAUUAUUUCAAGGCGAAAACUUCCUGCGCGGCUGUGACGCCUGCAAUAAAGCCAAACAUCCUGCGAAGUACGAUUUCGUCUUCUCAGGCUCAGCAUACCACCACGACUCGCUCGAACCCGUAGAUCCAGACUCCUCGGAAGCCGAGGCCGAAGCCGACCACGACAACGCGAGCGUCGACUCUCGAGGCCACACUCUCCCUCCGGCUGACACGCAUUUCUUCCUCGGCCGCUACUGCGCCGCCAACGCCGAACUCGCCCACAAAUUCACCCACUGGAAAUACAACCUCAACGAAGAUCUGAUGCAGUAUCUCGACUCCCAAGGCGUCCUCUCCGCAGAAGAGAUUGUGCGCCGCGAACGCUCAAAAGGUGGACAGCGCAAACGGGAGAAGGAGGCAGAGGAGAUUGUGGAUCAGAUGAAAGCUACCGGUGUGAUUGAUGACCUGUGGAAGGGGUUCAAGGCGGAUCUGGACGAUGCGCGGAUUGGCAUGGAGGGGCAUGAUCGGAAGGGUGCGAGGGGCAGCAGGAGGAUUGGCAGUGUCAGGGUGCCGGUCAGUGAUGUGUUGAGGGUGGAAGAUGAUGGGCUAGAGAAGGUCAGAGAGAGAGACUACAGAGGGACCAGGCAUCGGGACAAGCCGAAGAUGUUCCCAAGCGAUGAUGAAGGGGAAUGA